UUAGCUUUACAACGUCGCACAAAAAUUUCACAAAAAUCUCCUGAACAAACUGAUGAUGCAUUAAACAAUUUCUAUACUUAUGUAAAUAAUCUUUGGACCAAAAAGUCUUUUGAGUUACAAAAUAUUCUCAAUAUGGAUGAAACUCCUGUUUGGUUCGACAUGGCAGGGAAUGUUACAAUUAAUGAAAAAGGUAAAAAAACAGUACAUAUUCAUGGAACUGGUAAUGAAAAAAACCGAUUCACUGUUAUAUUGACAUAUGCUGCAGAUGAAACAAAAUUUCCUCCUAUUUGUAUUUUUAAAGGUCAAUGCUUAUCACGUAAAGAACAAAUUCCUUCUGGUGAAAGAAAUCAUGAGCAUAAAACCUCAGCAAUGAUGGUAUAUGAUUCAUUUAGUGGACAUUUGGAAGAUUCAGUAAAAAAAAAAUUUCGUGAGAAUGGAUAUAAUUUAGCAGUAAUUCCUGGUGGCUUGACUAGUAUAUGCCAACCACUUGAUAUUGCUAUAAACAAACCUUUUAAAGACCAUCUUCGUAAGGAGUGGUAUAUUUGGAUGUCAAAAGGUGGUGCAGGUAAAACUACUAAGGGAAAUCUUAGACAUGCAAGAAUUAGUGAUGUAUGUAGAUGGAUCAAAAAUUCAUGGAAAAAUAUUUCUACUGAAAUUAUUAUUCGGUCUUUUGAAUAUUGUGGUUUAUUGGGUAAUUCAGAUCAUAAUAAGGAAAAUGAAGAAUUAGAGGUCAUUGAUUUAAGUAAUUAA